AUGAACAGCCAAGAGACCAAAGACCGUCUUCGAAAACUGACGGCAGUCGACGGCAACACAUCUUGCGCGGAUUGUAAGACUCCAAGACCCACAUGGACAUCAUUAAUCGUCCUUCCAAAAGGAGAAGAACCUGUGGAAGAUGAAUCCAUACCAAACAUGCUUGGCAUAUUCAUCUGUUUUAAAUGUUGUGCUGUGCAAAAAGGAAUAGGGUCCCAAUUCUGUAAAGCAAAAUCGAUGGCGUUGGACAAGUGUAAGAUCCUGAAAAACUUGAACCCUGGACUGCGCAAUCCGUAUGUUGUGUCUAACUCUUUUUUUUUAAAAACUCACCAACUACGUAUCAACAUAUUCUGUCUUCCCGAUGAACGAACAGGGACAGAAAAAGAGUUGAAAGCGCUCGAAUUGGGAGGAAACAAUACUGUAAACUCAGUUUUUGAAGCGAAGGAAGUGACGGGAAGACCGGAACCAAAGGCAAUGAUGAACCCCAGGAAAGAGUUUCUGAAAGAAAAAUAUGUGGAAAGGAAGUUUCUGGAUAUGGAUAAGCUUGAGCAGCUUUUGGAAUGGAUCUCACUCGCUCAAGCACAAGAAGAAGAGAGUAGAUUGGAGGCAAUGAGGCAACAAGAGGAGAAACAAUCUGAUGAACUAAAAAACGGUGGUAUCGACAGUUCGCUGCAUUUUGACGACGGCAAAUUUUUCCCGUCGCCACAAAUUACCCAAACAAAGACUGCGUCAACACCAGCUGACAACAAUCAGGAUAGUAGUGAGUUUCCUGAGGAUUUCCCCAACUUUCCAGACUUUGACAGUUCCCGACCAGAUUUGACCAGGGAAGUAUCGCAGAUGGGAGGAAUGGCUGAUGUCCGCCAAUCUUUCCUGGCUACCGUGCCGGAGACAAGGUUAACAGGCACAAAGGAGACCAUGUCCCUUGAUGAAUUCAGCGCUGACUCAUUUGGUGACGAGAACGGUUCUUCACAUGACGCUGGGGAGUCCCAGUCGUCCAAACCACAUGCCCCAAUUGACGAUGAUGAUGAGUUCAGCGAGGACGAUUUCGAUGACGACGGAGUGGACUCUUCAUUUGCGGCCGCCAAAACCUCUGCAAAACCAAAGGAUAUUGAAGAACCCAGUGAAUCUGAAGUUGGAGGCGCACCAGAUUCAUCAUUCGUGGCAUUUACAUCACCCCCACAAAUUUUAAUGGAAAGUGAAGAACCGAAACCGGCCGAGGAUGACGAGUCAUCAUCGCACUCUUCACAUUCCUCUCACACCUCCCCAGGACCAAAGGCCGUAGAAGAAUCCAAUGAAUCUGAUGUUGAUGACGCACCGAAUUCAUCAUUUGUGGCCGCUCCAUUGCCCCCACAAGUUUCAGUUGAAAGGGAAGAACCGAAACCGGCGGAGGACGACGAGGCGUCAUCGCACUCUUCACACAUGUCGCAUUCAUCCCAUUCGUCUCAAACCUCUCCAAACCCAAAGGCUUUUGAAGAAUCCAACGAUUCUGCAGUUGGAGACGAACCGGAUUCAUCAUUCGUGGCUGCUCCAUCACCCCCACAAGCUUUCAUUGAAAGCGAAGAGCCGAAACCCGCUGAGGAUGACGAGUCAUCAUCGCAAUCUUCACACAAGUCGGAUUCAACCCACUCCUCUCACUCAUCGGCAGAAGAGGGAUUUAGAUCAAUCUACGACGCAGGUGAGCCUGAUUCACAAGACCCUUUUGGCGAAGAGCUAGCAUUUCCAGAGGAGCCAUUGCCCCGAGCAAACGAUGUUCUCGAAUCUUUGGAUGAUCCUUUCAACGCAGAUGCCCCCUUGGAUACGCAGAAAGCGACAAAUACGGAUCCAUUUUCGAAUGACGAAGGUGAGACCGAUCGGAACGUUCCAUCGACGGAUUCAGGAUUCGAGGCCUUCAAAUCGAAUGCUUUCAGUGAACAAGACAACGCAUUUGGAGAUCCUUUUUCUUUCAAUGGAGGAGACAAUGCUUUUCCCCAUGGCUCGAGUAAUGACGAAGAUUUUCAAUCCAUGCCAUCAGCCUUCAACACGAGUUCUUCCGAUCAGCAACUCCCUUUUGACACCGACGCUGCAUUUCCUGACGAUUCAGUACCAUCAUCGCAAAAUCCUGGUCAAUCGCCAGAGAAUGCAUUCCAAACUGACGCUUUUGGCGAACAAGCUACGGCAGAAUCAUUUGCCUUUGACAAACCUAGCAACAGCAAAUCGUUCGACGAAUCGUUUGGGGAAGAUGCGUUUGGCGCACAGAAUGGGGACCCAUUUGCCGCUGAUGGAGAUGGCGAUGAUUUCUUGGGCAGUUCAAACAGCGAUGGAGGAUUUGGAGAGCCCUUCUCAUCGACUUCAUGA